UUACGUCAUAUUCUAGGCGUGUGCAGACUAUGCACUUCCUUUCAGGAGUUUUGUACAGUAUUUUUAAUCUCAACCUGGUACAUUCUAAUUGUAUCUAACUAUAGAAUUUGUUGAAAGACGUCCCUCUUUUGUCGAGGACAUGGAUUUCUCGCUGGCAGAUGCCAUACCGGACAAUGUCCCGGGCCAAGCUGAGAAAGCGAGUAACCCCAACCCAGCCGCCCCUCCGCCCACUAACCCAGGAUGGCCUGGUGCAGCUCCUGGAGCCCCAACACAGCCCUCUGCUCCUGGGGGAUUCCCUGGGGGCCCACAGUCUGGUCCCGGAGCCCCAGGGCAGUUCCCUGGAAGCCAAGGACCGUUCUCUUCCGGUCCCGGAGCGCCAGGGCAGUAUCCUGGAGCUCCCUCUGCUCCUGGUGGGUUCCCGCCCGGACCAGGGGUACCGGGACAAUACCCAGCUGGGCCCGGAGCACCUGGACAAUACCCAGCUGGGCCCGGAGCACCGGGACAAUACCCAGCCGGGCCCGGAGCACCUGGACAGUUCCCUGGGCAGUUCCCCCCUGGUGGAACCCCCGGUCAUUUCCCUGGAGGCCCCAUGCAGUACCCAUCUGAACCCUUCCAGACUAGCCCCGGAGCACCCCCAGGACCCUACCCCAACGUGCCUUACCCAGGAGCCCAGCCUGGUGGGGGGAUGUAUGGGCCUGGAGGUCCAGGAGCUGCCUUCCCUCCUGGAGGAGGCACCUUCCCUGGGUUCCCUGGUGGGGCUUUCCCUCCAAUCCCCCCUGGAUCAUGGAGUGCUGGGGGCGGUGGAGUUUUCCCUCCUCAGCCCGGUCACCCUGGCUCUUUCGGUCCAGGUCCCAUGGGACCAUACGGGGGAUCAGCAGCUCCAGGAGGCAUGUUGCCGGUGCCGUACGAACUGCCUCUCCAUGCUGGCAUCAUGUCCAGGCUGUUGAUCACCAUUGUAGGGGAACCCAUCGUUGGAGGAGAAAGGUUCCAUGUUGACUUUUUAAAAGAGGAAGAUGAGGAGGACGACGAAGAGGUUGUGUUCCACCUCAACCCUCGUUUCUAUGAACAACAGGUUGUCCGUAACUCCCACCUGGAUGGGGGUUGGGGUCCUGAGGAGAGAGAUGGAGGCUUCCCCUUCGUUCCUGGACAACGUUUUGAGCUGAAGGUGCUAGUCGAAGAGGACUCGUUUAAAGUAGCCGUGGAUGGGAACCAUAUUCUGGAGUAUGAGCACAGAGCCGGAGGGUUUGAAGACGUCACCCUGCUACGUGUGGUGGGGGAUGUCACUCUCUACAGCGUGGCCCCGAGCAUGAUCUAACACUCAAGAGACUACGACUGAGUCCCAAAUGGCACCCUAUUCCGAUAGGCUCUUGUCAAAAGUAGUGCACUACAUAAGGAAUAGGGUUCCAUUUGUGACACGGUACCUGGUCAAAAGUAGGGCACUACGUAGGGAAUAGGGUUCCAUUUGUGAUGUAGUUCACUUCACCUGACUGACACUGUGGCCAAUGAUCUGGUGGGGGGGGGCUGGGGGGGGGUGCAGCUCACAUACCUCUUUUCACACUAUCGUGCUGACCCAAACCAAACUGUGCUAGCUAGCAUGGUUCCAGCAACUAUGGCGGAUGGGUAACCAGGCCCGGCUCAGUUUGGCUCGGGUUUAGCUCAGUGGUCUGAAAAGCCCUACACAGCAUGUCCUAUAGGCUAUAGGUAAAAGAAAUCUAAUUAUUUGACUGUGUCAUUUAUCGUGGUAAUAAUCUAUACAAAUGAGGACAAGGAACUUAGGCUAUGUAACACUAUCAGAGAAGGAGAUAUCUGCUUUUUAACAGCAGUUCUAGGGAAAGUAACCAUAUUUAUUCUGCAUGAAAUGUCUCUAGGACAAAGGGGACGUGUCCUUUAGCAUUUCACAAUGUUGUCAUGAUGUCAGCAAAGUAGACUGUAUAUUGUUUUGUAUGUCUAUAAUUACAAAUUAGCCUUUCAGGGUUAUGAUGCAUGUUGUGUGUGUGUGUGUGUGUGUGUAACCAAUGGACUGAACAUCCUUGUAGCGUUUUUUUGCUUUGAAACACUUUAUUUUAUUGCAAUGCUCUUCUGCAAGGCUGAAUGGACAUGGCCUAUAGAAUAUAGAAGGAUAGAGAGAGCCUCUGUGUACUGUAAACUGGUCUAGUGUUCAUUUAGCUAAGAUCGGAACAAAAAGUGUUUAGACAUUUUUCCAGUAUUAAUCCUCUAGGUCUCGCUGAUUUUAAGGUCCGUAAAUGUUAUUAAGUAGUCAGAACUACAGCUAAAAUGAAAUGUAAACUGUAGUAGCUAAAUCAAUGUAACACUUUUGUAGAUGUUACCAAAGACUUGAAAGUAUUAUUUUCAAAAAUGAAGUUUUGUCAAUAAAGAAUGAAGAGAGCUGA